AUGGUUCUAAUCUAUGUCAAAUCGGGUGAAUGGAUGUGUAGUCGCGGUGAUGACUGGAGUUUCGUGGUAGACAAAGAAAGGCGUGGUCGAAUGGUAACAUUAGCAACUACUACUACGUUGAAGCAGCUCAAGAUAACGGUGUGUGAGGAUUAUGGGGUGGACCAUAAUGCCAUUAAUGCCGAGUUCAGUUAUUCGUUGUUGAAUCAAAAAGGGAAUCCUCCAAUUAUUAUCACCAAUGAUCGGCAAGCAUCUAAUUCUGUGGGCUAUGCAAAGAGGGAAUCGUCUACUACCUUGUGUGUGAUGUUCUCUGUUUCUGGUGUAAAUCAAAAGGAACGAGUCAAUAUCGAUUUGAAUAAGGAGCCUUGUGAUUCAAGUAAUGUUGAGGAUGAAGAAGUUCUUGAGAUAAAUCGAGCAGAGUUUGUCAAGCCGUCAAAGGAGUUUUUUGUUAAAAGAACGAAUUAUGUCGUUGCGGAUGGUUGCGGUGCUUUAAGGAGUGAAAACAUUGAACUUUGUCAAAACAAUGGAGACAGUGAUAAGGAUGGUCGAGCUUGGAGAGGAGACUUCGUGAAGAAGGAUCAAAUUUUCACAAGUAAAGGGGUUCUGAAGGCAACAAUGGAAAUUUUGGCGAUGAAGAAUAAUUUCGAUUACACUGUUAUCAAAUCCACGAGAAAAUGGUGGUAUAUUCGAUGUAAGGAUGCAUUGUGCAACUGGACUGUGCGUGCAGAAGGAAUAGAUGGGUCUACAUAUUUCAUGAUCAACCAAUGUGAUGGAAGACAUUCAUGUGCUCCUUCAAAGAAAAGGAAAUUCGGAAAAACAGCAUCUGCAAGAACAAUUGGGACUCUGAUACAACAUCGAUUUGAUGAUGCAAACGAUGGCCCAAAACCGAAUGACAUCAUUCAAUUUAUGAGAAUGGAGCAUAGUUAUGAGAUUACUUAUUGGCACGCUUGGGAAGCUCGUGAGUUUGCUAUUGCAGCUGCUAGAGGUAUACCAGAUCGCAGUUACUCUAAAAUACCAGCAUAUUUGCAUAUGAUUAAAGAAGCAAAUCCUGGUACGCAUACUCACUACGAAACUAAUGAGAAGGGAAGAUUCAUGUAUCUAUUUAUGUCAUUUGGGCAAUCAGUUAGAGGAUUCUACAAUGCAAUGCGAAGGGUGAUUGUCGUUGACGGAACUUUUCUGAAAAAUAAAUACAAAGGGACACUUCUUGUUGCUACUGCUGUAGAUGGUAACUCUAAUUUGUAUCCGAUUGCAUUUGGGGUUGUUGAUUCAGAGAAUGACGAUUCAUGGGGGUGGUUCUUCAGACAGUUGAAAGUGGUUAUUGCUGAUUGUCAAGAUCUAGCUUUUGUCUCAGAUAGAAAUGCGUCUAUUUCUAAAGCUAUUGGGACUGUCUACCCUCGAUCAGCACAUGGAAUUUGCAUUCAUCACUUAUUGACCAAUGUGGUCUCAUUUUUCAAGACAAAAGGAUUGACUGCGUUGGUGGAAAAGGCUUCACGGGCAUAUAGGUACACUGAAUUUCAAGAACGUAUCACCGAAAUUUUUGAUAUGAGUCCUGAGCUUGGAAGAUAUCUACGGGAGGCUGAUGUGCGCAAAUGGGCUCGUUCUCUCUUCCCUGGCUCCAGGUAUGACAUUAGGACCACGAACCCUGCAGAGUCUAUAAAUUCAGUUCUUAGAAUACCUAGAGAAUAUCCGGUUAUUCCUUUGCUUGAUAGUAUAAGAGAACUGUUGACUCGAUGGUUCUAUGAGCGUCGCUUGUUAAGCUCAAAGCAUGUAGAUCCUUUAACCGCUAAGGUGGAGAGAAAGAUUGAUAGGAGAAUUGUGAAGGCAAAAGGAUUCCAGGUUUACAAGCUUGACAACUUCAGAUCGGUUGUAAAAGGAGACAUAUAUGAUUGUCAUGUUGAUUUGGAAAGAAGAACAUGCACAUGUGGUAAGUGUGAUAUAGGAAAAAUUCCUUGCCGACACGCCAUUCUUGCAAUUUAUUCACGAGGUAUGGAAGUGCACAGAUUCACUGGCGCCUUAUACAGCACUGCAGCUUUUGCGUACCUAUCCCGCGACCCAUAUCAUCUGCUUCACUAUAAUUCACAUCGAAUGUAG